AUGGCCAUCCUCGCCGCCGCCCGCCGGGCCUCCUCCCUUCUCCUCCUCCGCGCCUCCUCGCGCGCGAAGAUCGCCUUGCUCAAAGCCGCGUUGGACUCCAUCGACGCCGAGACCGGCUCCUGCGCCUCCGCCGCCGCACUGCACUCCCUGCGCGCCGCGGCCGACUCCCUCGGCGCCUCCACCUUUGACGACCAUCUCGUCCGCGACAUCGACUCCACGAUCAAGUCAUCCACCCGUCCCACCAAGAUGCAGGAGGCCGAGGGUUUCUUCCCUUUCAAAAUAGUACGUGAAAAUAGGUUGGGCAGUAGCAGCAGUACCUUUGAUAUUACUCUUAGAAGAACUUUUGAGGGUGAGCAGAUUGAAAUUUGGGCUUACACAUUAGGCUCACACUACCAUGAUAACGGUAUAAUCAGCCUAAAUGUCACCGUCUCCAAGAGCAAUGGCUCGGACCUUUUAUUUUCCUGCUCUGCGUAUGCCGAUUAUAUCACCAUCGAUUCCAUGAAGAUGACGGGGCAGCUUGAAUCGCAUAACGGUUUCGAUAAGCUUGAUAAGAAUCUGCAGAAGUCAUUCUACAAGUAUCUGGAACUACGGGGCAUCACGCCAACAAUGGCCAAACUGUUGCAUGAGUACAAGAGGGGCAGCGGACCCCGCACGCAGCACUUGUGGCUAAACAAGCUGUCGGAUUUCAUCAAGAAAGAUUGA